UAUUUAUGAUCUAUAAUACACCCUUAGUUAUAUAUUACAUUCAUCAUCAAGAUAUUCAAAAUACAUAUUUGUUACUCUUUAGCAUGGCUAUUUACUCAUCAAAUUGUAGUAAAUUAUAUAUAGUAACAUUAAUAUUGUUUAUGAUGAUGAUCAGUUUGUUUGGAAUAUGCUUAGGACAAAAUAGUAGUGUUGGUCCUAGCUUUAUUUUUGGAGAUGCUUUGUUUGAUGCUGGAAACAACAACUUCAUACCAACACUUUCCAAGUCUGAUUUUUAUCCCUAUGGAAUCGAUUUUGGUCAACCAACUGGUCGAUUCACUAAUGGCAAAACUGUCAUUGACAUCUUAGGUGAAGAAUUGGGUUACAAAGAUUUCACUCUUCCUUACUUGUCUCCCUUAUUAGCAAUUACUGAUGAUAAAUUAUUAGAGCCAAGAGUUCUUGAUCUGGGUGUUAAUUAUGCUUCUGCUGGUGCUGGAAUUCUCAAUGAAACUGGCAAAAUAUUUGUUGGAAGAAUAAAUAUGGAUGCCCAGAUAGAUAACUUUGAAAAUACAAGGCAAAAUAUAAUCUCAAGCAUUGGAAAUGAUGGUGCUAUGCAACUAUUAAUCCAAAAGGCUGUGUUCUACAUUUCAAUUGGCUCAAGUGAUUUCAUUCAUAAUUACAUGAUACCAUCUAUUCUUUCCAAUGCUGACUUGGACUUAGUCCCUUCCCUAAAGUUUGUACAAAAUAUGAUCUCAAACUUUGGAAACCAACUUACUAGACUUUACAACUUGGGUGCAAGGAAAAUUGUUGUGUUAAAUGUGGGACCAAUUGGGUGUACGCCAAGUCAGAGAGAUGCAAAUAUAUUAUCAUUAGACAAUAAUAAUUGUGCUAUAUUCCCAAAUAGACUUGCUCAAAUAUUCAACAUGCAAUUGAGAAACCUUAUCACAGAGCUCACAAACAGUCUUGAAGGCUCAAAGCUUGUUUAUGCUGAUGUUUACAAUGUUAUGGAAGAUAUUAUUGAGAAUUACUCAAAAUAUGGUUUUGAAAAUUCAGACUCUUCAUGUUGCUAUGUUGUUGGAAGGUUUGGUGGUCUAAUCCCAUGUGGUCCUAAAUCAAAAGUGUGUUUGGAGAGAAACAAGCAUGUGUUUUGGGAUCCAUAUAAUCCUUCUCAAGCUGCCAAUGAAAUCAUAGCUAAGUCUCUUUUGGAUGGUGACACUCACAUUAUUUCACCAAACAAUGUUAGGCAACUUUUUCAGUCUUGAUGUUUUGUUCAUCCAACUACUCAUCUAAUUAUAUACUCUACAAAAGAGUUUUAUAACACCAAUUUCAAGGUAUUCUCUCUAUUAAUUUUUUUAUAUAUAUAUAAAUAACUAGAAAAAUAAUUUGAAAUUGGUUGUGUUUGCUUGGAUGUGUAAAUCAUGUAAUAGGACUUUGUAAUGUAAUUAAAUUGUCACUAUUAUUGUGUUUGCGUUUUUA